GAGUUCGUGUCUCUGGCAGAGAUGGAGGACACCCUGCUGAGGAACCUUUUCCGGGGUUACCAGCGCUGGGUCAGGCCAAUCCAGCAUGCCAACGACACCGUGACAGUACGCUUCGGGCUCAAGAUCUCACAGCUCGUUGAUGUGGAUGAAAAAAACCAGCUGAUGACUACUAAUGUUUGGCUAUGGCAGGAGUGGAUCGACUACAAGCUCCGGUGGAAUCCGGGGGAGUACGGUGGGAUCACCUCCAUCAGAGUCCCCUCCGAGACCAUCUGGCUCCCAGACAUUGUCCUCUAUGAGAAUGCCGAUGGUCGUUUUGAGGGCUCGCUGAUGACCAAAGCCAUCGUCAAAUACAACGGGGCCAUCACUUGGACGCCACCUGCCAGUUAUAAGUCUGCCUGCACCAUGGACGUCACCUUCUUCCCCUUUGACCGGCAGAACUGCUCCAUGAAGUUUGGCUCCUGGACCUAUGAUGGAAACAUGGUGGACCUGGUUCUGAUGGACAACCAGGUUGACCGAAAGGACUUCUUCGACAAUGGCGAAUGGGAGAUCCUAAGCGCAACUGGCGCCAGGGGCAACCGGAAGGACGGCCUGUACUCAUACCCGUUUAUCACGUAUUCCUUCAUUCUGAAGAGGCUGCCGUUGUUCUACACACUCUUCCUCAUCAUCCCUUGCUUGGGAUUGUCCUUUCUGACCGUCCUGGUGUUCUACCUCCCCUCAGAUGAAGGAGAGAAGCUGUCGCUCUCCACUUCUGUCCUGGUGUCACUCACUGUGUUCCUGUUGGUCAUAGAGGAGAUCAUUCCUUCCUCCUCCAAGGUCAUCCCUCUCAUCGGCGAGUACCUCCUUUUCAUCAUGAUCUUCGUGACGCUUUCCAUCAUCGUCACCGUCUUUGUCAUCAACGUGCACCACCGCUCCUCGGCCACCUACCACCCCAUGUCCCCCUGGGUCCGCAGCCUCUUCCUUCAGAAACUGCCGAGGAUGCUCUGCAUGCGUGGACACACCGACCGCUACCACUACCCGGAGCUGGCUCCUGAAAGCCCUGAUCUGAAACCCCGCUCUGGGGGUAAGAAAGGAGGCCAGAGAGGGAGCAGCGGGACCCAUGGGCAGGCCAUGACUGACGGGAAAGAGGAAGAAGCCUGGGUCACCAUGUUGGAGAAGGCGACCUUCUCAGUCCGCUACAUCAGCAGACACAUCCGCAAAGAGCACUUCAUCCGUGAGGUGGUGCAGGAUUGGAAGUUUGUAGCCCAGGUGCUGGACAGGAUCUUCCUCUGGGCCUUCCUCACCGUCUCAGUACUGGGCACAAUCCUCAUCUUCACGCCGGCUCUGCAUAUGUUUCUCAAGGUCCCUCCUCCGACUCCAAGCGAAGAGCCGCCCUCAAACUAG